CGGGCGGAGCGAGAGGCAGGAAAAUUUUCGCACUGGAAAAGUUUGAUUUAUUAGUGUAUAAUUGAAGAAUAAAUAAAGUGCAGUGCUCCCCAGUGCAACGCUGAACUGUAAAAUUGUACAUACACAUAAACAAAUGUUCUCCUAAGAGGAAGCGUGAACCGGGAAGUUGCCUACUCGCCUAGCCUCCAUCACCCCAAAUAAUCCGACGAGAAGCAGAGCAGGAGCAACACCGCAAACAUCAGCAGAUCAUCAGAAACUACCAUCAGAGCCACCAUAAUGGGCUGCACUACCUCCGCCGAAGAGCGCGCUGCCAUACAGCGGUCCAAACAGAUCGAGAAGAACCUGAAGGAGGAUGGCAUUCAGGCGGCCAAGGACAUCAAGCUGCUGCUGCUUGGCGCCGGCGAGUCGGGAAAGAGCACAAUAGUCAAACAGAUGAAAAUCAUUCACGAGAGCGGCUUCACUGCGGAGGACUUUAAACAAUAUCGACCGGUUGUCUACAGCAACACAAUACAAUCAUUAGUUGCCAUACUGCGAGCGAUGCCAAACCUAAGUAUUCAGUACAGCAAUAAUGAGCGGGAGAGCGAUGCUAAAAUGGUGUUCGACGUGUGCCAACGCAUGCACGACACCGAACCCUUCUCAGAGGAGCUGCUGGCCGCCAUGAGGCGUCUCUGGCAGGAUACCGGUGUCCAGGAGUGCUUCUCGCGCAGCAACGAAUACCAACUGAAUGAUUCCGCUAAAUAUUUCCUGGACGAUUUGGAUCGGUUAGGCGCCAAGGACUACCAGCCAACUGAACAGGACAUCUUGCGCACUCGCGUCAAGACCACUGGCAUCGUUGAGGUUCACUUCUCCUUCAAAAACCUCAACUUUAAAUUGUUUGAUGUGGGCGGCCAGCGUUCUGAGCGCAAGAAAUGGAUACAUUGCUUCGAGGAUGUCACGGCGAUCAUCUUCUGCGUGGCCAUGUCGGAGUACGAUCAGGUGUUGCAUGAGGACGAAACUACGAACCGCAUGCAAGAGUCGCUGAAGCUGUUCGAUUCGAUCUGCAACAACAAAUGGUUUACGGACACCUCGAUCAUAUUGUUCCUGAACAAGAAGGAUCUGUUUGAGGAGAAGAUACGCAAGAGUCCACUGACAAUUUGCUUCCCCGAGUACACAGGUGGACAGGAGUAUGGCGAGGCGGCUGCAUACAUUCAGGCUCAAUUCGAAGCGAAAAACAAAUCAACCUCAAAAGAAAUCUACUGCCACAUGACGUGUGCCACAGAUACCAACAACAUUCAGUUUUCGUUCGAUGCCGUCACCGAUGUCAUCAUAGCAAACAACCUGCGCGGUUGUGGACUGUACUAAGCCAUUGCCGGGACAUGUGGAGGAGGUGGACAUGGACGACGACGACGACUACGACGACGACGUGGAGCAGAUGGGGGGCGUUAGCAGGGAACACCGUAACGGUAUUAAAGAGCAGCGCGGGAGCACAACAACCCACCAGCAUUGAACAAAAACAAAAGAAAAUUUAAGAGCAAACGAUGAUAGAACCAACAAACAAGCAAAGCCCAAAGAACUUUUAUUUGUUUAACAAAGCGAACAGAUGAUCCCGCGUACGAUGGGAGGACAAGCAACCAGUACAUUAUAAUAUUGAUCCAGAUAAGAUAAGCAAAUGCAGAAUGCUAAUGCAGAUCACAGAUCGCGGAUCGCGAGAUCGAGAUCGAGGUCGGCUACGAUAUGAGAUGUGAAGACACAGCUGACAGUGAGCAGACAAGCAUUUGAGAAGCAGUUGAAAGCAUUUCCUAUAUACAUACAUACAUACAAACAAAAAAGCAUAUACAUACAUACACACAUACAUAUGCAUUAUGCAAGCCCCAUGUACGACAUGACAGCCACACACGAGCAUACACGCAUAAGCGUAUAGUUGUUGUUUGGUCUGAAUAAUUUUUAUAGAAUUUCAUAAUUCAUAAUUUACGUGUAGCUUAGUUUCCUCAUGUAUUUAUUAAACGAAUGCCGAACGAGCGUAUAUACAGCAUAUGUAUGUGCCCACACAUCUAUAUAUACACAUACCCACAUACAAUAUGUAUAUAUAGAUAAAUAAUAUAUAUUUAAUGUUUCCUGUUGCUCUCUUUGAAAUUAUUCAUGCCAUCAACGCUCUCUGCAUUUGUCGUGCUUGUUUAGACCUAAGUUUUGAAAAGUUGCAACAAAACCGAACAACAACAAGCAGAACAACAAAGUAAUAAUAUUAAUAAUAAUUAAUUUGAUUGCGUUGCGUGUCAGCAUGUGGGCAAAAGUAAAUAUAUAUUAUAUUGUACGACAUUAAAGUGAACAAAAACAAACCAAAAGGAAACACAUAAGAAUACACAAACACUCACACACAUACACACAUACACAUAUAAAAGUAAUGAAGGAAAAUCUUAAAAGAUUAAGUCUAAUUUAAAGAUAAAAGAAACGGAUAUAAAUCUCUAUCUAUUGUAUUUACAAACCCAAACUAAACUAAACUAAACGAAACGAAACUAACAAAAAAGUAAGAGUAACGCAAAGCAUAUGUGGCCACUUAACUAACUUGUGUAAAAAUCAGCAGUAGCAGCAGCCAUCAAUGAUUGAUUGACUCGACGAUUGAUGCUUUUCAAUGUAUGUAAAUUAUAAUUUGUUGAAUUUACGUGUAUAGGAGAGGUUUAGCUGGCAUACACACAACACACUGAACACACACGCACAACAAUUUCAUUUGUAUUCACUUAACGCUGAUUUAAUAAUAAUAAUCUAUACACAAAUUGUACGAGUACUUUAAUGUAACAGUACGGCACAUAACUGUAUGCGAAUGCAUAUGUACAUAUGUAUGUAUGCACAGUUGUAUUUAGCGUGUGGCAUUUAACCCGAGCCCCGAGUAUGUUGAGUUGUUUGAUUAGACUUAUUAUUGUAAUUAUUACCUUUACGAGUACUUUUGUAUAUGCUUAGUAUGCGCACCGUGCAUUUGAUUUUACAGCAUCAGUUAGCGGCAAUGAAUUUAUAUUGUUAUUUCGAUAGUAUUUUCUUUUGUAUGUACACCCCGCAGUCCUAUACCUUCCCCAAGUUCUACUGGAGGCCCUCUGUACCUUUGUGCUCUUGCUCUAGAUGGACAAAUCCACUUAUGUUUUAUAGUUUUUAAGUCUAAUUUAUGUAAACGCACACGAACACACAAAAA